AUGGCAGCUGGAAGGGACAUUCGCAGGUGGCCACAUGGGUACGUGACGUCAGCAGCACUGUGCUGUGGCAGCUUCAAGCCCCUGUGCCGGCGGCCCCUCACCAGUGUGACCCAGUUAGUUCUGGAGCACCGGCACCUUCCCGCCCCACUGCUGCGUGGACGCGGCUCUAACACCAGAGGUGACCCCGUGCGGGGGGGAGAACACCAGCCAGCUCUGGGCAGGAGGACUGUCCCGAGGGCCACGACACUAUGUGAAUGGGUCACGGUAACCAGGAGAGGUGCUGGCCUGACGGCCGUUUCUCCUCCGGAAACAAACUCCGGGUGCGGGCGUUUGGGGAACUCCUGCACCCCGGAUGGCUCAAACUCCUGCAGGCUCCAAGGCUGUGACUUCUCUCCUCGGCCUCCAGCUUUCUCUGCUUGGAGCGUCAGGACGCUGUUGUGUUUAGGGAAGACACUGCUUCCCGGGACGGAUCAUGGCGACCAUGGCACCUUGUGGAUCCUGUGUCUUCCUACUCCCAAGGCCUCAGCGGGACGAGGGAAAGUGAAAAGAAGGACAAACCUUCGGACGGGAAGGAGACUGAGGCAUCCGGGGAGUCAGACAGCGCGGAGGAGCCGCGGGCGGGCGGGCCGCUGGGGGGUGCACGCCGCAGAGGGAGCAGGAAGGGCACACAGGCCCUGGGCCCAGGUCCUGGGGCCCCCGGCUCUGAGGAACAGGCUUCAGGCCCGCAGGCAGACCCUCCGGAGUCUGGAGACGACCUACCACAGCCCGUCCACGGGGACAGGGGGUCACGUGCUUUGGCCAGCUUCCGGUGGAUGAAGGAGACCCCAGUCUUCAGUUGCAAGGUCGAAAUAAUUGUCUUGCCAGGUCACCUGCGGGGCUCAGUCGGUUAAGCGACCG